AUGGAUCAAAUUCAGACCCAUCCCUCGACCGCGGCGCAGGCCAAGGCGUUCACUGCACCCGGAUCCCUUUCGUUCCCUGGCGGCCAUGGCGAGCUCACUCCUCCCUCGGACUCGUUGGACAAGAUGAACAUGGGGCGGUCUGGAGUGAACGGCGGUCCCGCAGGUCCUCAGGCGCCUAAUGGCACCGGGGUGACACCCGCGACUCCUGCUGCGACCCCUGCUGCUACUACUCAGGGAGGAAGUGGUUUGACGCCCACCUUGCAGAACAUCGUCGCCACUGUCAAUCUCGAUUGCCGUCUGGACCUCAAGACGAUUGCCCUGCAUGCGAGAAACGCUGAAUACAACCCGAAGCGUUUCGCGGCCGUCAUCAUGCGUAUCCGUGAGCCAAAGACUACAGCCUUGAUCUUCGCCUCUGGCAAGAUGGUUGUGACUGGUGCAAAGUCUGAGGACGACUCGAAGCUUGCUUCGCGCAAGUACGCUCGAAUCAUCCAAAAGCUCGGCUUCAACGCCAAGUUCACAGACUUCAAGAUCCAGAAUAUCGUCGGUUCUUGUGACAUCAAGUUCCCGAUUCGUCUCGAGGGUUUGGCUUCCCGCCAUCACAACUUCAGCUCCUACGAGCCUGAGUUGUUCCCCGGUCUCAUCUACCGCAUGAUCAAGCCCAAGAUUGUGCUUCUGAUCUUCGUCAGCGGCAAGAUCGUCUUGACUGGUGCCAAGGUCCGCGAGGAAAUCUACCAGGCAUUCGAGAUGAUCUAUCCCGUCUUGCAAGAUUUCCGCAAGGUCUAA